GUGACAACAAUCUUGAUAGAAAUGCAGAAUCCUCAACUUAUCGAGUCUCCUAUUGUUCCUUUGCCCAUAUAUGUACAUGCGUCUGUUGAUAGGUUUAAGUUUGAUACCUAUCAAGUAUCCUUUCAAUAAUAGACUAUCUAGUUCGUGCCUCCAGAUAGACUUCACUCAAGAAGGUCUAAGCACACGUUGCUAAUUGUGUUAAAGGUUAGGUUCAGACGAACGUUGUGAUCCUUGCAUACCUUUAAGAAGAAAAAGAAGCUAUUCAAUAGUCGGCUCUCUUUAAUAAAAAUUGCUAUACUGAUAUGACCGGCUGCUUUUGGACAAAGGUUAAUAUAAUACAUACUAGUGUUACUACAUACACUAUGUAGGUAGCUACCCUGCGAGAUCUUCAAGGCUAGCUUGUCUAAGAUAGUAUCACCCGCGCCACCAACGCGCUUCUAAGACUGUUUUGUAGAUGCCGAUUACGAUAGAUGCUUUAGUUCUUAGCUAGUCGAUAGGCUGGAUUCGAGGUUACGUAUAUAAGAGAAGCCUACCGGUGUUAGGGGCGAAUUAAUUACCAAUCUACCCCUCUCAUGACUCAUUAACGUAAUAAUGCUAGGAGGUUGAUGCACCUUAUAACAAUAUCUUGUUUACUAUUUUGCUAUAGCUCAAGUACACUGUGACUACCGCGGCCUCUGUCAAAAUGGCUCUCAUAGUUCACCAUCUCGGCGUUUCGCAAUCUGAUAGAGUCGUCUGGCUCUGCGAAGAGCUUGGCAUCGACUACGAACUUAAGAAGUACGAUCGAUCACCUAUUUGGGCCCCACCGGAGUACAAGGCCCUGCACCCCAUCGGGUCGGCUCCUGUGGUCGAACACGGGAGCAUCAAACUAGCCGAGUCUGGCGCUUGUAUUGAAUACAUAUUGCAGACUCGGGGAGAUGGGAAACUCGUCGCUACGCCGGGACAAAAAGGCUUCGCCGAGUAUUUAUACUGGUUUCAUUUCGCGAAUGGCACCUUGCAGCCUGCGCUAUUAUUGGCUUUGUCACUAUCCCGGACAGGGCUAGGGGAGGAUAACGAGGUCGUAAAACGAAGCGACGCUAGGCGGAAGCAGAUUCUUGGGUUUAUGGAUCAGCGUCUAUCUGAGGUACCCUGGCUCGCGGGCGAGGGGUUUACUGCGGCUGACAUCAUGAACGUGACUAGCCUUACGACGAUGCGUUGCUUCAUAAAGUACGAUCUUAGUGAUUAUCCAAACAUCCUAGCCUACCUGAAGCACGUAGCUGCACGAGAUGGGUAUAGAAAUGCAAUGCAGAAGGGAGAUCCGGAUCUUAACAUCGACGAAUUGACUGCAGCGCCUCCCCCGCCUCUACAGAAGGCUAUUACCACAGUGUUUCAAGCGCAUGGGCGCUGAGCUGGACAAGAGGGCCUAGACAAGAGGGCCUAGACAAAAGGGCCUACCUAAGACAAGUAUUGGCUUCUGAAGAUACAUCCUCUCCUUUGCAUAGAUUCUUGUUAGUUAAUCUAGCUUGUUUACAUAAAAAGUUACAAAUUUAAAAGAAAUACCUACCUCUCAAGUACCUAGUAUAAGUCCCCUCGGAGCGUCGGGGACCUACUAUCUUCCGAAGUACGAAAUUGCCAUAAAAAGCAGUAGUGAUUAUAUAUUACUGAUGUCUCAUGAAAGGAUAAACAAAUUGCAGUCCGUCUACAUCAUUACACUUGUAGAGUAGAAACUGUACCAAAUUUGUAUUUUAAGAGAUAAACUACCUAACCUAGAGUUAACUCAUCCGUCUUGUCCCUUUAAAUAAGACGAUAGACAAAAGAUGGAUAUAAGAGAUGGGUUUAAGAC